AUGGUGAAACUUCUGCAGCUCCCGCGGAUUCGCAUCUCUCCGCUGGUGGUGCUUCUGGUUUGCAUAGAGGCACUUCACGCGCGUUCCGUCUCGGACCGGAAGAAGGACUACGGCGGUGGCGAUUACGACUUUGACGGGGCCAGCGCCGGCCAGCUGUACCAGACCAAGUCCGGGUACAGUGCUGGAAGUGGGCUGCGGUCGAUUGCGCAGGGCUCGGCGGAUCAGGCGAAUACGGCGGUGGCCAACCAGGUUGCGGCGGCCAAACAGGCUGCGUACGUAGCGCAAAGCACUUUGGCCCAGGCUGCGUCCCAAGCGGCGGCAACGGCUCAGGCUGCGCUGGCCGGUAAGCAGGUGCUGCUGCAGGGGCUGGAACAGCAAAGCGUCGAUGCGCAUCAGGCGCUGGAGAGCGAAAUUCAGCAGCUGCACCAGGCCAAGAAGGCGGCCAAGGCGGCGCAGCACUCGGCCCAGCAGACGUUGAACCACGUGCAGGUGCUGACGUCAGCGCUGAACAAUGCGCAGGUCGCGUCGGAGCACGCUCAACAAGCCGCUGCUGAGGCUGCCGCCGAGUUGGCCUCCCAGAGCCAGAUGGUGGGUACGGCAAAAGCCCGCGUCGAAUCCGUCGAGGAGCAGCUGAAGUCCGCCCGGGUAGACUACGAUGCCACACAGGAGGCAGCCCACAAAGCGGCGUACUCUGCCCAGGAAGCGGCCAAGAACGCUGCCGAGGCCGCGGCCCACGCCGCCGGCCCUCACCAGAUCCAGCACGACCCGCACGGUUUGUCGCAGUUCCAGUCCAAGAUUUCCAAGCAGCAGCAACAACAGCAGCAGCAGCAGCAGCAACAGUACCAGCAGGACGAUGACAUCAACAGUGGAGAAAUUGAAGUCUCGUCGAAUCAUUUUGGGUAA